AUGUCGUCGGCUAAUUUACGUUGGCUGUCUGGAAACGGGCCCCACGCCCUAUCGGAUGGCGUUUCUUUUGGGAUGCCGUGGCCAAGGGGCCUCUAUCAGCCAGGCCAGAAAUUCGUGAUCGAAGCGAAGGAUGCCCAAUGGCCUCUUGACUCGCGUGAGCUCGCUUACUGGGCGGAUGGCUCGGUCAGAUGGACUGCUCAUUCGGUUAGUGGUAACAUUGACUAUUCGGAUGAGUAUACCGUCCAAGGCGUGUCACAUCCACCGGAACCCACUGCGAGCAUCACAAUCGAACAGCAAGAGUCAUCUCUGUCGGUGGCUUCUCCAAGUGGACUGUAUCUGAGGUUCGCAGCAUCUGGCAGCUCGUCGAUUCUCGAGCAACUCGAUAUCAAUGGGCAGACGGUCUGCUCUGCGGCCACGGUGGUCGCGUCGAUUAAUGAGAAAGAGUACCGAGCGCGAGUCAGUGCAGUGAAUGUGGAGAACUCCACUCCCAGCAGGGCGCUGAUCAAAGUUUCUGGUGUCGUGGAAGAUGGAAGUCACAACACACAUCUCCCCUUCGAUAUUCGAUUCUAUGUGUACUCUCACAGUGCUUCGAUCAGAGUCCUCCACUCAUUCAUCCACGAUCUAGACCCAGACAAGGCUAUUACUUCCCUGGGCCUACGGUUUAAUGUUCCGCUUGGGCACACCGAGCUAUACAAUCGCCACGUGAGACUAGGUGGAUCUGGUGGAGGUGUCUUGAAAGAGGAAGUAAAGGGGCUUUCCGGAUUGCGGCAUGGCCCGACUGUUGCAAACCGGACUGAUCAAACAUCGGGACGAGAAGUCAACCUGCGAGAAGCCGAGUGGGUUAGAACAGACCUCACUGAAGGACUCUCGUAUAUUCCCUCAUGGGGCUCUUACUCGCUCGCUCAGCUGUCUUCCGAUGGCUUCACGAUCAAGAAACGGACAAAGCCAGGAUGCUCCUGGGUCAAAGUCACUGGCGGUGGACGAGCCGAUGGAACUGCAUACAUUGGAUCAGCUUCUACUGGAGGUCUUGCGGUCGGAAUGUCCGACUUCUGGGAGCGGUACCCCACCCAGCUCGACUUGGACCACUUGACCACCGAGGAAGGAUCUAUCACUGUGUGGCUAUAUUCACCACUGGCAGAGCCCCUGGAUACAUCUCCGUAUCAUGACGGACUGGGCCUCGAUACCUAUCAGAAGCAACUGCAAGCUCUUGAUGUGACUUAUGAGGACUAUGAGCCUGGCUUCGUCACUGCCAAUGGAAUUGGAAGAACCAAUCAGCUCUUUUUGAGACCUUUCCUUCAUACCCCAUCGAACGAAGACCUCAGUUCAUUCUCUUCCCUGGUUCGUGAGCCACCCCACUUGGUUGCCACUGUAGGACAGUUGCAGUCCUCAGGCGCAUUUGCCGGCUGCUGGGCUCCAGAUUCUCAGACCCUGGGUGUGAAGCCAUCGCACCAACGCGCUGAGAUUGAGGAUAGGCUUUCGCUAUUGUUCAACUAUUACCAUGGACAGGUUGAGCAACAGCGUUGGUACGGAUUCUGGGAUCAUGGAGAUGUACAGCAUACCUAUGACCCUUAUCGACAUGCUUGGAGAUAUGAUGUCGGCGGGUAUGCGUGGGACAACUCCGAGCUUUCGACAGAUCUGUGGCUGUGGCUUUACUUCCUCCAGACCGGAAGAGCCGAUGUGUUCAAAAUGGCAGAGGCUAUGACUCGACACACCGGCGAAGUUGAUGUCUAUCAUUCUGGAAAGUUCAAAGGCUUCGGUACUCGACAUGGCGUUCAACACUUCAGCGACAGCUCGAAGCAGCUUCGUAUAUCCAAUGUGCUUUACCGCCGGAUUUACUUUUACUUGACCGGAGAUGAGCGUACUGGUGACUUGAUAGCCGAACUCCAAGAUUGUCAGAAUACCUUGCUAGUACUCGACUCACAUCGCAAAGUCCAGGAACAUGCCGGUAUUCCCCAAGGGUUCGCCAUGACAAACAUUGGUCUGGACUGUGGAGCCCUUAUCGCGGCCUGGCUUACUGCGUGGGAGCGACGCUCCGAGGGAUGGGCCCACUAUAGGGAUCUCCUUAUCAAACUACUUGAUGGUAUCGCUGGGCUCAAGCAUGGUAUUGGGAAUAACGCGAUCCUACUGAACCCAAACACCGGAGAGGUGCGAGAGUGCCUCCCGCCGACUCCAGAGUAUGCCAUCUCUCACCUAUCCAUGCUUUUCGGGUUCCCCGAGGUCAUCGCCGAGCUCUUCCAUUUCGCACGUGAAGAAGUUCCAGACACUACUGGACGAUUCAUGAAAGUGUGGCUUGCAUACUGCCGGGCUUACAAUGGAGGACCGGAUGUCCAGCGUGAAGAGUUUGGGUUCGAGUUCCCCUCCCACGCCACAUGGAGACAGAGUCAUUCUACUCUCACGGCCUUUGCCGCGGUUGAACAAGAUGAUGAAAAGCUGGCGCAUGCUGCGUGGAACCAAUUCUUCAACACUGAUGGCUACAGAGGUGAUCAUGAUUGGAGAGUGAUCAAGUGUACAGCUCCCGAAUACUUCACUGAGGGUGAAGAAGUUCCAUGGAUUAGGACUAACGAAGCUGCUCGGUAUGGGGUAUCUGCUAUCUCCAAUCUUGGGAGCAUUGGGAAAUUUUUGAAAUAG